AGCAGCCAAUUCUAAGCCGAGUCCAAUCUUAAAGAACAAAAAAAACUUUGCAAACAUGAAGAACGCCGUUGCCAUUUUGCUAUGCGCCGUGAUCGGUCUGGCUUCUGCCGCCGACGAGUACAAACUGCGCACCGCAGAGGAUCUGCAGACUGUCCGCAAGGAGUGCGGCGAGGCCAACAAGGUGACUGAGGCGCUGGUGGCCAAGUACAAGACGUUCGAGUAUCCCGACGAUGAGAUCACCCGCAGCUACAUCCAGUGCAUCUUCCACAAGUUCGAUCUGUUCGACGACACCAAGGGGUUCAAGAUCGACAAUCUGGUGGCCCAGCUGGGCCAGGGCAAGGAGGAUAAGGCAGCGCUGAAGGCCGACAUCGAGAAGUGCGCCGACAAGAACGAGCAGAAGUCUAGCGCCAACGCCUGGGCCUUCCGUGGCUUCAAGUGCUUCUUGGGCAAGAACUUGCCCCUGGUUCAGGCUGCCGUCCAGAAGAACUAGGACCUUGGACACGCCGUCCAAUCUUAGAAUCUAGCAAUCCCGAACGGCCUUCUCGGGCUCUGCAGUUUCUACAAUUGAAAGAAAAGCCAUAUAAUAAAGUGCUUAAAUGAAAAUGAA